UGACAAGAGCGCCAGUGUAAGCCAGGCUGCCGCCGGGGGAGGACCGCUGCCCACCGCUCUCCGUCCACUCCCCAGGUGGUUAACGACAGGAGGCAUCAUGGGCAAGCGCCUUCAAACGCGGGCGGCCGUCGCUUGUGUGAAGACAUUACUGAUGAUCUUCAACGUCGUCUUCUGGGUGAUGGGGGCCAUGAUGCUGGCCGCCGGCAUCCUGGUGAAGGUGGAGGUGUACAAGUACGUGGAGGUCUCCGCCGAGUUCUCCGCCACCGCCCCCUACGUCCUGGUGGCCACCGGGGGCCUCAUGCUCCUGCUGGGGCUCCUCGCCUGCUGCUGCACCGCCAAGGGCCAGCCUGUGCUCCUCUACAUCUACGCAGCCUUCCUGCUGGUGAUCUUCGUCAUCAUGGUGGGGUCUGGCGUGAGCACGUGGGCCUUCAGGAAGCAGCUGAAGGUGGGCUACGAGGACGGGCUCACCAGAGCCUUCACCGAGUACGACCGCUCCCCCACCAUGAGGAGCGCCGUCGAUAGUCUCCAAAAUACGCUUAACUGUUGCGGCAUCCAGAACGCCAGCGACUGGGUAGCCAUGCCCUUUGGUCAGACCCACGACACGCCCUACCCCGACUCCUGCUGCAGGGAGGCCCAGGACAACGUGUGCCUCGCCCUACACCCUCAGGGCUGCUACUCCACCGUUGUCCAGUUCCUGGAGUCCAGUACGGGUCUCCUCCUCGUCAGCUCCCUCUGCUUCGCUGGCUUCCAGCUGGUGGGCGUGGUGCUGGCCUGCUGCCUCGCCCGUAACAUCAACAGGGCCAAGUACGAGCAGGUCUGAGGCCGCGCCCCGCUCCCCCGCCCACUGCCUCCGCCCACCGACCAGCAGUACGCCCACGCCUACACCCACCCGUCUCGCCCCAUAGCUCACGCCACCAUCGGCAGGAGUCUCUCGGGCGGGGCGAGGUCCCUGCCCCGGCCGACGCCCAGGCCGGCGCCCCCAGAGACCUCAUUCCACGUUUAAGUUCACCUGAUACUUCGAAGACGACCUCUUCUGCUGGGCUCACUACCUUCUCUACGGCUUCAAGAGUUGUGUUCUUUCUUAAGUUCUUCCAUAUGAAGGCGUGGAUAUACGGAAGCAAUUAGCAUACUGUGGGCGUUAUCGACUGGGUGUUUGGGAGUGGGGAAUGGGAGGGAAGUGGGGCAUGGGAAGGGAGUGGGAUAUCGGAGGGGAGGGGUAAAGGGAGGGAAGUGGAUGUAAGAGACAAUGAGAGGGAGGGGAUGGGGCAAGGGACAGUGUGUGAUGGGAGUGGAACACAGGGCGAGGCCACUCGACGGUGACGUGGACAAUAACAAACAUCAGCUGAUGACAGCCAGCUGCUGUGACUGUGACGUGGACAAUAACAAACAUCAGCUGAUGACAGCCAGCUGCUGUGACUGUGACGUGGACAAUAACAAACAUCAGCUGAUGACAACCAGCUGCUGUGACUGUGACGUGGACAAUAACAAACAUCAGCUGAUGACAGUCAGCUGCUGUGACUGUGACGUGGACAAUAACAAACAUCAGCUGAUGACAGCCAGCUGCUGUGACUGUGACGUGGACAAUAACAAACAUCAGCUGAUGACAACCAGCUGCUGUGACUGUGACGUGGACAAUAACAAACAUCAGCUGAUGACAGUCAGCUGCUGUGACUGUGACGUGGACAAUAACAAACAUCAGCUGAUGACAGCCAGCUGCUGUGACUGUGACGUGGACAAUAACAAACAUCAGCUGAUGACAACCAGCUGCUGUGACUGUGACGUGGACAAUAACAAACAUCAGCUGAUGACAGUCAGCUGCUGUGACUGUGACGUGGACAAUAACAAACAUCAGCUGAUGACAGCCAGCUGCUGUGACUGUGACGUGGACAAUAACAAACAUCAGCUGAUGACAGCCAGCUGCUGUGACUGUGACGUGGACAAUAACAAACAUCAGCUGAUGACAGCCAGCUGCUGUGACUGUGACGUGGACAAUAACAAACAUCAGCUGAUGACAGCCAGCUGCUGUGACUGUGACGUGGACAAUAACAAACAUCAGCUGAUGACAGUCAGCUGCUGUGACUGUGACGUGGACA